UUGAUUAUCCCCGGAACGCGUCGUUUGGUUUGAUUUUAUGUUUACAUGGGUCUUUAUAUGUGCGAUUGCUGCCUUAUAUUUGAAUAAAAGCAACGGUAGUUUGCUCGUAUAGUUUUAAAGAUAUCAAAUAUAUAUUGUUGAGGACACAGCAAGAACUAAAUCAAGAUGUUUUAUGCACACUUUGUGCUCAGCAAGAAAGGCCCUUUGGCCAGAAUUUGGUUAGCAGCCCAUUGGGACAAGAAGUUGACCAAAGCCCAUGUGUUUGAGACCAACAUCUCUAGCAGCGUGGAUGCCAUUCUGGAACCAAAGGUGAAAAUGGCAUUGAGAACUUCGGGGCAUUUACUGCUUGGCGUGGUGAGAAUCUAUUCACGCAAAGCCAAGUAUUUAUUAGCCGACUGCAAUGAAGCUUUUGUCAAGAUCAAGAUGGCAUUCCGACCCGGUGUUGUGGAUUUGCCAGAAGAUAACAGAGAGGCUGCGGUGGCUGCUAUCACCCUUCCCGAGACGUUCCACGAUUUUGACACAACCAUGGCUGAUCUGACGGACAUUGAUGUCCAAGCCCAGUUCUCUGUGAACCAGAGUCGACCCGAGGAGAUCACAAUGAGGGAGGAGAUAGGGAACAUCACCAUCGUCAAUGAUGAUGGAUUUGGUGACUCUGGUUAUGAAGAUGACGAUUUAGGUGGCGAACUAAACCUAGAGGAACUCAACGUACUGAUCCGCUCUUAUAAGACGAGUGACGCAAAAAAUCCAUGGAAUUUCCAGGGUAUGCUUGCGUCAGUUGAUGUAACAAUAGAAUUACACAGACAUCAGAGGAGUAUAGCAGCCAGGGAAGUUGGUGAAGGAGAUCCUACCUCCUUGCAUUCCACAGUAAAAGCAAAAUCGGCCUGUGUUACUGGUGCCCCUGAGUCACCAGGAUUCAUUACCCCUGGAUUUACUGCGUUAGACCUCUCCGUUCCUUUAUCUAUAGUGGAUGAGGAUAAUUUUGCGAAUGAGAGUAUUUCAGGAAAUUCAGAAAAGAUCACUUCCAUUCCUAGUAUUCUUGAUGUUCCUCUUGAAACGUACAAAACUGGUGGUGUUGAUGUUGUAAUGACCACCUCCAAGUCUUCCAUGGUAGAUCUUACCAGAGAUGUUUCUGAGGUUCUUCCUAAAGCCAGGAAUAUUGAAAAUGAUACUGUCCAAGUCAGUGAAAAUUCAGAAAUCGGUGUCUCCCUUCAAAACGAUUCUGUUUCCAAAGAUGCCGGUGUUACUGUUAUUAUAGAAAGUCAACAUGAAAAUGAAACUGCUCAAGGUAUUGAAGACUUGCAAGUGAGGUUAUCAUCUCAAAAUGUGCCAAAUUCCGUCCAACCUCCAAAAAAUGCUCAGGAAGGGCCUGCUGAUGUUACUCGGGGACCCAAGGUUUCAGAUUCUGGAUUUGCCAUUCCAAGAAUUCCAGCUUGUGUUCACGACCAGAAGGAUAGAGACAAUAAAGGGUCAGCAGAAGUUGUAUCCAAGAUUGCUCAAAGUUCGAAUUGUGUGGUUCCCAAAUUAGUUGAAGGACAGGAAAGUGCUACGGAGACUAGACCACUUGCAUUGGUCUCCAACGAUUCAGGUUGCAUUGUUGAUGUGGACCCCGAGUUUGACCCGGGGCGAACUCGAGCUUCAUACGGUAAAACAGAUAAAAAGCCCUUAGACGUUUCAAGUAAACCUUUCCAGGCGGUUCCUUCAUCGGGACCUGAGAGCAAGUGUUCUUGUGGUGCUGCAAAUAAUGCUAAAAAUUUGUGUGAUAAUUCCAAGAAGUGUUCUUAUUGUGUGUUCGGACCUCCUGUGGCAACUUCCACGCCCUCCAAAUCCCCACAGCGUUCACUGCCAGGCUCCCGUCAUAUGAGCCGAUUAGACAGUGGUGUUGGUUUCAGUGACGACCCCGGUGACUUGUCUGGUUAUGAAUCGGAUGAUGAGACAAACGUACAAUCAAAAGCUGGUUUGGACGAACGGUCGAAACCGGGUAAGAAAGGUGACAUCGGCUUCGAUGAGAAGGAGAUCAUGAGAGACGCCGGGCCGAUCGAAGACGCACUGUACAAGAGUAGCGACGCACCCAAUCUUCUUCUUGACCAGUCGACGAGAAAGGACAAGUCUGCAGAUGGAGAGAAGCCAAUGGAUGUUGAUUUCACUGCACCAAUCAGAGAUGAUGGCUUUGGUGGAGGCAUUGAUGAUCAGUUACUUGGAGGCCCUGAUUCGCCGGCUGGUUGCCAUGACGAUGACAGCAGCGAUGACGACAAUUUUGGCGGAGGCAUGGAUCACGAUCUUUUCACUGGUGAGGACUUCAUGGAGAGUGCUGGUCUGUUUGAAGAGCCCCCUGCCCCGUUGGCUGAGGUGUCCAUGCCAGACCCUGCUGUCAGCAUGGUGGAGGAACCAAGAGAACCGCCUCAAGUUGAAGAACCUGAACCAAUUCCCACGCAGCCACCUGCAGAGAUACCGGGAAUGUCUGCUGUUGGCCCGCCAGAGAUGCCCCCACCCAUCGUCCCUCCACCACCACCACCAGCGAUUGACCAGACCACACUAGUACACAAUGAGGAGGAGGCGUUUGCUUUGGAACCACUCGAUAUCACCAGCUUAGCCACUGGAGAAAGACGUACGAAGAGAAAGCGUAAACUCAUCGUAGACGACGCCAAGGGCAUCCCAAGCGAGUCGAUGAAGUUACAACUCUCAGACACAGGCGAUAUCGUCACAACUCUUGACCUGGCGCCACCUACCAAGAAGUUAAUGCACUGGAAGGAAACGGGUGGUGUCGAGAAAUUGUUUGCUCUGCCCGGAAGGAAUCUUCCCUCAAGAGGUUUGCCUCAGGUAUUCUUGAAAAAUCUAACCACAAAACCAGUUACAGAGGAUGAGGAGCCAGAUGAUGAUCGCCUCGAAUUAGAAGCGCCAGAAAACUUCCGAAUCGACGACGACCCAGAUGAGCAUCAUCUCAUCCGCGACAUCUCAAACUCCGAGGAUCGUCCUCCACCAAAGACGAGGCGGUCACGCGCCCAGAAGCAAGCUGAAGCCCAGGCGAUCGCACUCGCUGCUGCGGAGGCACAGAUACGGGGGGCGAACGCUGCAGCUGCUGAAGCAGCCAUUCAGGCGCAGGAGGAGGCCAUGCGGGCGCAGCAGAUGACGCCAUCGAUGCCUGAACCAGUGCCGCAAGUCAGCUUCCAACAGCCAGAUAUUUCAAUACCCGAAUUCGAACCACCGAUGCCCGAACUGCCCGACCAAUCAGAGCUGCAGCAAACAAUCAACGACAUGCCUCCUGAUAUCCAACAACCCGAGGAACCAAUCAUGUCGCCUCGUGCUGCGAUUAUGUCGCCACGUGCGGCGAUUAUGUCGCCACGUCGAGUGCAAGAACAAGAUGUACGAGAACUGGAAAAAGACGACGAGGAUGAAAUUGUAAAUGACGAUAUUUUCACGACGGAUUUCCAGGCAGAUGUCGCGGCGGAGCAGGGAUUGAAUAUGGAGGAAUUGACAACCGAGGAAAGAGACGCACUCACAAUGACAGAGGAAUACGAGGAAAAACGAUUGUCGAAACGAUCACAAAUUAUUCUCCGGACUUUACAUAAUAUUAUGAAAAAGCGAUCGAGUCACUCGAUAGGAUUCAAGGAGUUCACGCGUACGAAUCACCGAAAACAGGCAGCGUCGAAAUUCUACACGAUGCUGGUUUUGAAAAAGCAAGAAGCACUCGAAAUCAAGCAGACGGAGCCUUUCGGUGAUCUCAUCUUAUCACGAGGGCCACAGUUCGACUCGAUGAUCGAGUAAAUCAUCUUGUAAUGAUACUGCCAAAGACUUAUUGAAUCCUGUUGAAAAUGGGACUUCAUUCAUAUAAUGAGACUGGUGAAAUUGGACAGACAUUGCUACUGGUUUUGACUCACAGACCCAAUGUUGCACGCAGAGAAUUCUCAGAUUCUUGCAAGUCGAGGAACGUGCUGAGUUAUAAUGUGCAUUUCCAGUUUGGAUUUGUCUUUGCUUACACGGUUCCUGUUGCUGGUGGUUUUCCAUGAUGAGUCACACAUUUCAGGAUAAUUUGAGGUGUGCCCACGCUGACCAGUGUCGUCGUGUUUAAAUUGCCCUCACAUGGGUACAUUAGGUAGGUGUUAUUACCAUUUCAUCUUUGGAUUCCUGAAAGAGAAUUGUUGAAAUGAGAAGACACCUAUCUCCGUGUCUGUGAAGCGCAAUUGUAAAGAUCAGUACUUAUCUGUUGAGGACUAAGCCUCGAGCUAGAUAUUCCUUUUCCCCUAGAAAAUGGGGACAGGCACAUGUACCCAGGGUGUCUCGGGAGUGUUGUCACAUUGGGGAAGGGUGGGACGACAACAUGGGUUCUGCUGUCUUCUAAAUUAUGCGUAGACGAGGACUUAAGAAAACCAUAUACGUAGAGGCCUCGCACAACUGCACUGUUUGUUCAUUACCUAUUGUUUUAUAUGUCGAUUUUUUAGUCAUUGAUUUUUUGACUGACCAUUCUUCUCUGUGUGUUGGAGAUUCUGUGCAAUAAUAAGAAAAUGAUAUGAAAAAUGAAGUCUCUAUUCUCAUACUUUAGAAAUUUGUCCUUGAGCUUACGGAUGGUGAUUGUUCUGUUGUGGGAUAGAGCUGUGAAAUCAAUUUGAAUCUCUUGAAAUAGCUGACUUGUCGCUGAUGGAGUCGAGGGGUCGAUUCAGAGACCCACAUUAUCAUCAAGAACUUGUCACUCAGUUUUUGUUUUAAAUAUCUCCAUCUCAUUUCUGUAAUUGUUAAAUUUUUCCCUUUUCCUGCAGAUAUUUUAAUUAUUAUGAAAACGCUGCAUGCAUUGAUUUCUAUUCAACUUAGUUGUGUGGUCUCAGUUCAUGAGCUAUUGUCUUUUAUUUGUGCAGGAUGUGACAAAUAAUAAGUGGAGGUCACGUUCUGUUUUUGUCAAAAGUGCAUUACGCUAAGAGGAGAAAACUUGGGCUAGUCGCAUUGAAGGCCAAGUGACAAUCACCUGUUGUGUAAUUUUGCAGCCCUCAUGUCACUGCCAGAAAGAUUAUCAAUAUUUCAUAUGGUGUUAUUGGAAGAAAUCAGUUAUUUCUCACAGACAUACUUGUUUAGAAAGUGUUGGAAGGUAACAUUUUGACAUCAUCAGUACAGAUGAUGUUGUUCAACUUUUAAAAUAUUGUGAUGGUUUAAAUUGUAUUUGAUUAAAAUUCAUAUUCAGUGUUACCAAUUUUGGAGAAUUUGUUCAACUCAAAUAUUGGGGGAAAGACGAAAAAUAAGGUUGAGCUCACCAGACGUCAUUAUUCAAAUUUUUGUUGUUGUCGACUCAUUAAAACGGUCACUUUCUGUGGGUUGUCGUAAUGGGGUUAAAACGUUUAUCGUAAUAACAGAAUAUUGAAAAAUCUUUUUAAAAUAUUUCAUUUUCAGAAAAAAUAAUGUUUUGUCCCAAACUUUCAGCAAAUGUUGUAUCUAUUAUCGAAAAAAGAUCAUAUUUAUAUUACAUUGUACAAUAAAAUGACAUGUAUUCUGUGGUAUUUCUAGAUUUUACUGAUGUUUCUGUGUUUUUGAGUUGGUUGAUAGGACAUUUUCGAACAAAUGUGUACUUGUAGCUCUGUCUAAUAAAAGUAUUUUCAGACUUUCAUCCCAAAAUUUCAUAAAAAUAAUGCGUUGUUGAUAGUUGGUCAUACUUACGAACAUUUUCAAAAUCAUAAACUGUACAUUUCAUGAUUUCAGAUUGUAAAUAACAUGUCAUUUGUCAUUCACAUUUUGGGGGCAUUUGGUCAUUGACUACAGUCCCAAUGUUGGGGUGAUGAAAUUUAUGUCAAAUGAUGUAACUGGGCUAUCUCAAGAGAGAGCUCUGAAAUAUAAGCAGAGGUUGUAGAGAUGGCUUCCUGAACUUUCAAAGUCUGAGGGAGAGGGAGAUUUUUCCUGGCUUCCUUGUUGUAGUCAGCAGAUUGACACAUGUAUGCUGUAAAAUCGAUCAGGAGCUGUAAUGACACCCAAGAGGGCAGCUGUCACUUAGUAAUGAAAUGUUUGAAUCAUUCUGGAAAGUCAUAGUGGCACCUGGCUGAUUUUACAGCAGCAAGUAGUGGAUUUUGCACCCUACUGAACCUGAACGAGAUACUUAAGCGUGUUUGGUUUUAUAUUUGGUGUCUUUGGCACCCCUGUAUGUAAAGUACUGCCAAGUUCUAUGUAAAUUUAUGUACAAACAUAGUACGUCAAGUUAAACGUCUUUCUACUCUAAAUCUUGUGUCCUUGUCUUCAUUCCUUGUUCUGUUGUGUUGAGACACUUUCAUAAAGUGUGCCUCAUUGGUAUUCCUCAUUAAGAGUUGUAUCCCAGGAUUGGAUUCCAGUUGUUUUCCUGUACAGAGGAAAAGUUCUGAAGUCAAACUGAUGGCAGAGUUGUUUGCAAGUGUCCUGUGAAUGAGAUGGCUUUUUAUUACUGCCCCCCCCCCCCCUGAUUUCACAACUUGGAGGUCCGUUCUUGAGUUCAGUUGAAAUCAAUGACAUCUGGACACAUUUAUAGCAGAAAGACUUCAAGGAGUUUAUUGUACGUGACAGAGUUGUCAAGGAGGUUGAUUAAUGGUGAAAAAUUCAUGGCUGUUUUUGUUGAGAUCUGGACCUUUCUUUGGAGUUUUAACAAUGGUUAGGGAGGCCCACGAUAUCAGCCAUUCAAAUUACAAGUCUAGGUUAGAUGACCCAUGUAUGGAUGUUCGUAUGUGUCCCAAGUCUAUAUAAUUUUCUUGUUAUUUAAAAGUAGAAAGACUGCGGGUAUUGAAGGAAAAAGACAAGUGCAGCUUCAUGCAAUAUUAGCACAUGUAAGACCAUAUUUUGUACAAUAAAAGUUGAAAG